GGGUUCAAUUUGUGUUUGAUGAACACGAUACUAUAUACCUAAAAUCUCCGUCUACCGAUUCGAGUUCUGAUUCUGUUACUUACUCCAUUAAUAAUGGCAUUGGUCCUGUCAUUUCUCCAGAAGAAGCUUUAAAUUCCUUAGCUCGCUUUAUUAAUCAAGAAAUUCCUCAUCCCGAAAAGAUAAAGUCUACAGAAGUUGGCACACUUGAAGAAACAGAGUCAUUCAUAUUACUCACCAAUGUACCAUUCGCCCUUUCCGACGUGAAAAUGAGCCAGUCCUACGUUCAAUUGGAUGAUCAAACGUUACAACUUGUUUGGGACAUUCAAGUAGAGAUGGAAGAUAAUUGGUAUAAUGCUCAUGUUAAUGCUAAUACCGGUGAACUUAUCGCUCUUAUGGAUUGGGUUUCCGAUGCUAUGUAUAACGUAUUUCCCGUUGGGACAAAUGAUCCUUCGGAUGGUUCUCGACGAAUUGUUGAGAACCCCUAUGAUAUUAUCGCUUCGCCAUUAGGCUGGCAUUCCCAGGGUAAAAACAAUUUUACCAAUACUAUUGGUAAUAAUGUGUAUGCUCAUGAAAAUUUAAAAGGAAAAUACGAUUGGGAAAAUAAUUAUCGUCCUGAAGGUGGUAGUUUAUUGGCUUUCGAUUUUCCUUUGGAUUUGAAUAAGGCUCCAAAGACUUAUAUUGAUGCUUCCGUCACUAAUCUCUUUUACUGGAAUAAUAUGAUUCAUGAUUUAUUCUAUCGAUAUGGUUUCAAUGAGGUUGCCGGCAACUUUCAACAAUAUAAUAAUGGUAAAGGUGGAAGAGACAAGGAUGCUGUAAUCGCCAACGCACAAGAUGACGGUCAGCAUGGUAAAAUGCGAAUGUAUGUAUGGGAUGUCAUUGAACCAUGGCGCGAUGGAGAUCUAGAAUCAGGGAUUAUUAUUCACGAAUACUCUCACGGCAUUUCCACUCGUUUGACCGGUGGACCAUUAAAUAGUAAUUGUCUUGGAUGGGGCGAAGCCGGAGGAAUGGGGGAAGGUUGGGGCGAUUUCUUUGCGACAAUAUUACGCACGAAUUCAUCCAAUAAUAGACAUAGUGAAUUUGGAAUGGGCAAUUGGGCUAAUGGUGGUGAAGCUGUGUGGGCCGAAAUAUUAUAUGAAGUAUUUUGGAACCUUGUUGAUAAACAUGGCUACACACCCGAAUGGUUCCCUCCCGUUUUAGAUAAAAAUACACCUCCGUCUUCAUCAGAUUGGUAUUCUCCCGCAUCAAAACCCGAUAAACUAAUUCCAAAACAUGGCAAUACCUUAGCAUUACAAUUGGUAGUAGAUGGGUUGAAACUUCAACCAUGUCGCCCACAAUUUAUAGAUGCACGCGAUGCAAUUAUACAAGCUGAUGAAGUACUCACAGGUGGCGAAAAUUUAUGUGAAAUCUGGCGAGGUUUCGCGAAACGUGGACUUGGCUUAAAAGCCAAAGUAAUUGGAGGAAGUCCAUGGGGUGGUGGUGUUCAUAAGGACAGUUUUAAAGCACUGAUCUAUAGUGACAUAUAUAGCGCACCUUAA